ACGUUGAAAGGUGGGUUUUUGCUCAGUUGUCGAUUCUUGUUUGUUUCGGGCGGUUGUAAGUAUCGGACGCGAAAUGUGGUCUGUAAUGGUAAUGCUCUUUUGCGGUUUAGUGAGGUUGAACAUCGCUCAAACUACAACCCCGACCGUCAACAUCCAGGGGCUAGGAGUGGUUCAAGGAUCGCUUGGUUAUAGUGCUUGGAGCAACAAGACAAUUUUCAAAUUUCAGGCUAUCCCAUACGCUAAACCACCGACUGGACUGUUGAGAUUUCAGCCCCCAGUGAAAGCGUCCAGCUGGACCGGCAUUUUGGAUGCCUCCAAACCAGGUGUGCCUUGUCCACAGAACAGCGAUCGUUACUACAAUGUGGACAACGAAGACUGCCUGACCUUAUCAGUUUAUUCCAACGACCUGGAUGCAACUCGACCUGUGAUGGUCUACAUCCAUGGCGGUUGGUUCUUCGUUGGGGGUGCAAGCAUGUACGCCCCCGAUUACCUGUUUGAGUCUGAGAUAGUCCUGGUCGUGAUUCAGUAUCGGCUGGGACCGUUUGGAUUUCUGUCCACAUUGAGUGACAAAAUUCCUGGCAAUGUCGGAAUUCUGGACAUGAUAGCUGCUCUGGAAUGGGUUCAGCAGCAUAUUGGACACUUUGGCGGAAGUAGUUCCAACGUAACGAUAUUUGGCGAAUCUGCAGGAUCGGCAGCAGUUUCCGCCUUGUUAUACAGCCCGUUGGUUACAGGCAGGCCGGUUCCAUUGUUCAACAAAGCAAUUCUACAGUCCGGAUCGGUAUUUGCUCCGUGGGCAAUGUGUGAUACUCCUAUUGAAGGAGCAUAUGAUAUUGCAAAGCGUUCGGGGUGCGUAGAAGGGAACUACGAACAGUGUCUUAUUACGCAAUCGGUUGAAAAUAUUCUGCAAGCAUUCGAAUCUCAUCGCAGGGAUAUGAUAAUCCAGCGUGGAUACUCAAGCGUCACCGGGACGAACGUAGUAGUGGGUGGCCCAUCGGAACUUUUUCCAGUGCAUCCAAAGCAUUAUCUGUCACAGGUUACUAACGAAAUAGCCAUUUUGGGUGGUGUUACUUCACAAGAUGGCCUAUUUCUGCUGGACGAAAUCUGUAAACUACAGCCGGAGAUACUUAAGUCUUUGAACAGUUCCUACGAUUUAUUUGAUUUUGUUCGAUUGCUUCACGAGAAAUUUGGCCAAACCCAACUUUCCGGCGCGCUUGAAGGAUACGAGUUUAUGAAUCAUUUUUUGAUGAAGGAGGUGGAACAAAUGCAAUGGAAGGAUAUUGUUUUAGGCCUAACUGAUAUCUGUGGCGCCCAUGGUAUUAAGGGACCUCUUCUCAUCGACAUGCAUGCCUUCGCACGGGCAAACCCAGGAAAUGUUUACCUCUACACUUUCGAUUAUUCAAACCUGCGGACGCGCCGAAACAUGAGCAUCGACUUCCCGUACGAAGGUAUCGUCCAUCAUGCUGACGAUCUGACAUACCUGUUUCCCAGGGAUUCAUUGAAUGAAAAGGAUACAAAAGUGGCCAAAGCAAUGGUUCAAUUGUGGACAUCGUUUGCUAGAGGCGGAGUGCCCUUUGCAAACGACAUUCCGUACUGGCCACCAAUGAAUAGUUUACAUGGACCUUACCUGAAAAUUGAUGAACGGAGUGAAACGAAAAAUUUCUACUUGAAUGAGCUUUCAGCUUCUACCAUGAGAUUCAGAGAUUUUGCCGGUGGCAGCAACCAGUUAAGACUGUCAUCGAUCCUGAUAUUUCUUUUGGUUCUAUGUAGGAUGCUGUUUUAAGUAACUUCUCAACAAGUCGCACGUUAUAGAGAUAGUGCGUGUAAGACGGACACAACAAGUAAAAAUUUGUAGUGUAAAGCUUUAAAAAUGGAUUUGCUCAAUACAGUUUAGUUACUCGUUAUGCAUGAUAGCUGUCAAAAAUACAACAAGAACAAUACAAAA